UUGUAGCCACUAGAGAAAAGAACAGAAGAGCAGCUACAGCAGAGAAGCUCUACGUACCUUGAAACGUGCCCUGUGGCAGGGCCGAGAAUCCUAUAAACUGGAGCGAAUAUAUAACUGGGUGACAAGAAUGGGCCUGGCCAGGAAGAGGCCACGAGAAGACAACGAGGAAGGCAAGCAACAUGCUCCUCAUUCAAAGAGGAAUAAGAAGAACCAGGACUUCCAGGACUCUUGCGUUGUAGAGUCGUCAAGUUGUGGUAAUGCAUGGAGCCACAGCGGCACCAGUAACAACAAUGCAGAAAGUAUGUCAGAGAACACCUUAAACAAGACCGUGCCUGAAUUUAACUACAAUGCCUACGAGAUCUCCCAGGAGGAUGAUGUAGUGUUGGAAGGUCAAGGACCUUAUUCUCAUAUUAACCAGAUACUGAAGGAGGCCCAUUUCUACAGCCUGCAGAAGAGAAGACAAUCUCUGAUGUGAUAGCCUAUGCACUACCUCAUCCCUUGUUUAUAAAAAGCAAUGGC